AUGACAAAUGGGGUCAGACUUGAAAAAGAACAGUUGCAGGACCAACAUAUCACUCACACAUUUGACACAGAGAUCAAAUUCCCGCGGUUAUCACAAUCCACCAAUAAGGCCACGGAGAUUUUUCCGGCAACACGAAAGGGAGAGAGAGCGGUAAUACGAAUAUCGGCUUCGUGCCAACUUUUCCUUCCUGUCCGCUUAGUUGUUCGUGGUUUGGCGUGCGUGGAACUUUUCUUUUUGUUACAACAAAAAGAUCCAUCGAGCACUAUUACCUCGGGAUCGAUGAAUGAUGUUUCAGGUGGAUUGGUCAAGGACACAUGUUGUCGUCCAGAACGUAAUAUCUUAUCCGUCUUCGAUCUUACAAAAUGGUGUCACUCAAAGGCUUAUAUGGAAUAUAUGGCAAUGAUAAGUGAACUGAAUGAUGCAGUGAAAGGUGUUAUGUCAACGGAAGAUAUCCCUAUCAGUCCCAAAGUUAUGGAUGCAAUUGACAUUUUGGACGAACUUCAAAAAUGGACAUUGGAAUAUCCACCAGAAGAUAUGGGAACACAGCGUUUUGGUAAUGUUGCUUUUCGUAAAUGGUAUCAGCGUCUGACAGAGGAAGCUGACGAUAUAAUUUAUGGCCUUUUAACUGCAGAAAAAAAGAACUUCGUGGUGGAAUUACUUCCAUACUUUUUGGAUUCAUUCGGUAAUGCAACGCGAAUUGAUUAUGGAUCAGGGCACGAAGCCUCCUUUUUAAUAUUUAUGCUUUGCUUUCGUAAACUGGGCGUAUUUGUGCCAGCAGACAAUCGUGCUCUUGUGCUUCGAUUAUUUCUGAAAUAUAUACGAUUAGUACGGUGUCUUCAAACUACUUAUAGAAUGGAACCAGCUGGAAGCCGGGGCGUUCAUGCACUAGAUGACUUUCAGUUCAUACCUUUUCUGUGGGGCAGCUCUCAGCUUAUCGGAAAUAAGCGAUUAGUACCAGAGUCUUACUUGAAACCCGACAUUGUCGAAAUACAUGCUUCAAAGAAUUUGUUUUUUGAUGCUAUCCAGUACAUCAAUAACACUAAAAAUGGUCCUUUUCAUGAGCAUUCAAAUCAGUUAUGGAAUAUUAGCGCUGUACAAACCUGGGAAAAAGUCAAUUCUGGCAUGUUCAAGAUGUAUGAAGCUGAAGUUCUCAAGAAAUUUCCAGUAGUGCAACAUUUUCAGUUUGGAUCUUUGUUUUCAAUAGAACCAGUAAAAGAAAUGAAUGAUCCAAAUUUGAUUGAUACGGAUAAUAAUGCCAUAGACUCUUCAAAUUCUGAACGUUAG